AUAGCUUGUUAAACAUUUGCUGGCGACUAGAUGCCAUGAAAUCGGGUGCUGCGUCUUAGGAGAUGUUCUCGGUUUGGGUUAGGAGUUAGCUACAGGAGAUAAAAUUAUUCACCUAUCCACAGAAAGGGAUGGAAUCAAGACACUGUGAGAUGACCUCUCCGAGAUCCCAGGCGUCUGUGGACAGCAUAACGCCGUUGCAGCAGAUGAUGGCCUCUUGCUCCGGGGCUCUCCUUACAUCACUGUUUGUAACUCCUCUAGAUGUCAUAAAGAUCAGACUCCAGGCACAGAGAAGCCCUUUCCCCAAAGGAAAGUGCUUUGUGUACUGCAACGGCCUGAUGGAUCACAUCUGCGUGUGUGAGAAUGGGAAUGGAAAGGCGUGGUAUAAACCUCGCGGACAUUUUAAUGGCACCCUGGACGCCUUUAUUAAGAUCGUGCGCACGGAAGGGUUCAAGUCGCUGUGGAGUGGCCUCCCCCCCACCCUGGUGAUGGCAGUGCCAGCCACGGUGAUUUACUUCACCUGCUACGACCAGCUCUGCUCCGCCCUCCGCUUCCAUAUGAACGAUCAGGCAGACAAGGCGCCGCUAUUGGCCGGCGCGCUCGCCAGAGUGGGAUCUGCUACUUUGAUCAGCCCUUUAGAGCUGAUCCGCACUAAACUGCAGUCGGAGAGGCAGUCGUACAGGGAGCUGAGUGCCCCGUUUGCUCAGGUGGUCCGUGCUGAAGGCUGGCUCACUCUCUGGAGGGGCUUGGGACCCACAUUGCUCAGGGAUGUGCCAUUCUCAGCUUUGUACUGGUAUAACUACGAGAAGGGCAAAGCCUGGCUGUGUCGGUCCAGCGGGAGCAGAGAGCCAACGUUCUCCAUCACCUUCAUCGCAGGAGCCGUGUCCGGCUCUAUUGCAUCAGUUGUCACGCUGCCGUUCGACGUGGUCAAGACCAGGAGACAAGUGGAGCUGGGUGAACUGCAGGCCCGGAAUUUGAUGGCUAGAGCCUCUUCUUCAACGUAUUCUGUGAUGAAAAGGAUUGUGACAGAAAACGGUAUCAGAGGACUCUUUGUGGGUUUCACGCCGCGGCUGAUAAAGGUGGCUCCAGCCUGUGCCAUAAUGAUCAGCGUCUACGAGUUCGGAAAGGCUGCCUUCCGCAAGCGCAAUCAGCAAAGACGCGGGCCGACCGCUCUCCAGAACAGCAGCACCUGAUCACGCUCGUGUGUGUGUGUGUGUGUGUGUGUGUGUGUGUGUGGUGUGUGUGUGUGUGUGUGUGUGUGUGUUGUACACAUAUGUGGAUCAAAGCAACCAUAAACGAUUUUAAAAAGCCA